AUGAGUAUGACAGGUUCGCUGGAGGAGGCGGGUGGGAGGGGGAAGGGGCGGAGUGGGAGGCCCAGGGGGGGUGAGGAGGGGGAAACACGAGGGGAGGGAGAAGGGGGGGGAAGGGGGAAAGGGAAGCAACUAUCAGUACUGGUGGAAAAGGUGGGGGGUGGGGGAUUGGAGGAAGGAGGGGAGGAGGGGAGAGGAGCAGAUGGAAAGGCUUACCCAGUUCUGGAUUUUCACCACACGAUUGGUGAAACUUCUGUCCUGCGUGGCUCUAACGGAAGUGACUCUAAUGGGAGUGACUUUAGCAGCAGCGACACUGUGGGUGAAGCGGUGGUGGUGAGAAGAACGAGGGGCAGAAGAAAGUCUGCUAAGCUGACCGAAAAGAAAGAGGAUGUGGAGAAGGGGGGUGAGAGAUUUGUGGUGGAAGUAAGCGAGGAGGGGCGAGGAGCAGACGGCAGGGUGGGAACAGAAUCUCUAGAUUCUGUCCUCCACUCCAUUGGUUAUGAAGCCAUCCGGGGUGACUCUACUGAGAAUGACUCUACCAAGAGUGACUCUAACGGAAGUGAAGCUGUGGGUGACGUGGUGGUGGUGAGAAGAACGAGGGGCAGAAGAAAGUCUGUUGCUGGGCUGACCCAGAAGAAAGAGGAUGUGGAGGGGGAGGAGGGGGGAGACGCGAAGGGGAAGACUUUUGAGACGUCUCAAAAGUCUGAGCUGGCCCAGAGGAUAGAGGAUGUGGAGGGGGAGGAGGGGGGAGACAGGAAGGGGAAGAAGAAGGGGAUGGGGAGGCGGAAAGCCAAGGAUGCGAGUGUGAAUGACACGGAGGAGAAGGGGAAUUUCAGGGCAGACGAUGACAUGCGGAUGGGAGUGAGAUCUGAAAAUGCAGCUGCUAUAUGUGCUGACGUGGGGGACCCUGUGUGUGGCGAUGUGGCGAUCAACCCCCCAGAGGAUGGGGAUGGCAACUCGUUGUUGAAAUACCUUCAAAACCUUGCUCUAGAAGCGAUGGGCAGCAGCGACACAGAGGGCGAGAAAGGGUUGCACGUACCGGCACCGACCGCACUGGACCCCAUGGAAUCGCGCAAGAGAGCGUGGCACGCUGAUAUAACCCAGAGGCACCCGCAGGGGGCAGUCAUUUUGGGCGUGGACCCAGACGUGCUGGGGAGCAACCCAGAUGUACCGGCACCAACCGCACUGGACCCCAUGGAAUCGCGCAAGAGAGCGUGGCAUGCUGAUAUAACCCAGAGGCACCCGCAGGGGGCAGUUAUUUUGGGCGUGGACCCAGACGUGCUGGGGGCCUUGGCUGUGCUUUUUGUUAAGCCCCGGCGAAAACAAGAGGCGGAAAGUUGUGCUGUAAGUGUUGUCAACACCGGGAGUGGACGUGAGGAGGAGCAAGGGGAUGGUGCUGAGAAGGCGCUGCGUGUGCAGUCUUGUUCUGAGGCAAUUUUUGAGGCGCCUCAGAAGGCGCUGCGUGUGCAGUCUUGUUCUGAGGCGGCUCAACAUGCAGCAACGAGUGAAUGGGAGGAGAGGCUUACUGUUGCUGCUGCUGAAGCUUCGUUUCGCCUCCCUUCUCACCCUCUUACCCUCUUCUCCUUCCCUUCCUUACCCCCUGCUCUUCUCCUCCCCGCUCCUCCCCCUUCCUGCUCUUCUGCUGACCCCUUCUCCCCCCAUCUUCUCCUCCCCUUCUCGGCCUCCCUCCCUCUCUCCACUCCCAUCACCGCGUCAGUUCGCCUUGCCUAUGUGGAGCAGGCUAGGCCGUUCCCCUCUGAUGGCAAACUGGGUUGGUAUGGCUGUGGCUUUGGCUUCGGGGUGUGGAUGGGCGUGUUGGCAGCAAGUGGGUUUGAUGUCACUGCAGUGACGUCUGUGCGCUGGAAGGCUGCCAUUCGCUCGCAAGCACAGCUCGCUUUCACCUCCAAGGAGGACAGCAGGCAGUUGGCCCUCUCGCUCUUCCGCUCCCUGGCAGCACAGCUGAAGCGGAAAAAGGACCACGGCCGAGCCGAGGCGCUUCUGAUUGCCACAUACGGCACUAACCUUUGGCCUCCCUCGGGUGAAAAGGCGAAGAAGACAAGGAGUAGAGCCAAGGCAGCGACUGGGGAGGCUGUGAGAACUGAUGAGGGCAUGGAAGAUGGAAGCAGCAGAAUGGAAGCAAAAGAGGACUUGGUGCCAAUUACCAUGCCUUCACUGGUGAAAUGA